AUGAAGGGAAACGACGUCAUCGCCGUCAUCAUCAUUGUCCUGUUCAUCGUUCUGGCCGCCAUCGCCUUCGGCAUCUACCGCCUCGUCAGCGUCGCGCGCCAGGCCCACGGCACCGUGACGACCUCGUCGAGCGGGAGCAGCACCAGCCUGACGGAUGAUGAUGAGCAUGAGCGAGGAGGAAUCAAGUUUGGAAUUGGAUUGGGCUAUCGAUCUACCUGA